ACACACUGAAGCAGGGCGGAGGAAGAGGGUGGGAUCCUUCACAGAGAUGUAGUUGAGAAACUUUACUCACGAGCUUUUUGGCUUGAAAUGUAGAAACAUCCCCGCUGACAAAUACAGCAGAGAUGGAUAAGAGAAUGUAAUUAGUUUUUAAAACACACUUUCGCUGUUUCCAUUAAACAGCGGAUGAGAGAGCAACAUCAGCAGCUGUUGAGUCAGUCGCGUUCACAUGGGGUUUGUGUUUGGGGCGUCAGUCUGUGUCUCAUAUCGCAGGGAUGUCCGCGCAAGGCUUGCUAAACAGCGUCUUCUCAUGUUCCUCAUCGGGCUCUAAAACCCUCGCAAAGAGGAAACUGCAGCAGACUCGCAGUUUGGAUUCUGCGCUGCUCAGAAACAGCGCGACGCUUGGAGACGCCAGCGGUCAUCGGUCAUCCACAGCUGGAUUCACUAACAGCCGAAGCGCCUCAGAAAGCCUCGCUGCCGACCCCAGACUCAAACCGCGUCUCUCCACGUCGAGUUUGUCCACAUCUUCAGACGCUUCGUCGAUCUCCAGUCUUCAUUUUGACUACAGAAGCGGCAAACGCAACGCGCCCAGGGAUUUAUCUCUACACCUCUCUGCUUCAAGCAACAUCUUCUCACCGAGAAAGUGGCUUCAGAGAAAGUUGCCUCAUUCGGAUGCUGUUACGCACAAUAUCUGUAAAUCUGAGGGAGAUUUCACCUGUAAGAAAACAGCCGGUCAUAAUUUCCACAUGCAGUCGGUUUCCAUUCAGAGUCUGUCAGAGCUGGAGAGAGUCCGGCUGCAGGAAGUCGCUCUGGUCAGACUGAUGAAAGACUUCGAUUUGGGAUGCCAGAUCACCAUCCCCAAAGAUGGUCAGAAGCGGAAAAAGUCACUCAGGAGGAAGCUGGAUUCUUUAUCGAAGGAAAAGAGAGACAAAGAGUCUGAUUCUCAGGCGUUCGGCGUGCCGCUCUCGCAGGUGAUUGUGAACGACCGGCGUCACAAGCAGCUGCAGGAGGAGCAGGAGGAGCAGCGGAGUCCUGCAGACCGAGUCUCUUCACUCCUGCACCUGACGGGCCGCAGAUCCACCAACAAGGAGCUUUCCAGCAGUAACUCAUCCCUCAGCUCGUCCUCCGAGACGCCCAACGAGGGCACGACACCCGGCACACCGGAGACGGCGCUGCGCUCACGCAGACGGGGCGGCAUGUCUGUGGACUGCAUCACUGAUCUGGACGACAGUCACUCUCGUCUGCUGGAGGCUCUUCAGCUCUCCAUGCCUGUGGAGUCACACAGCGAGAAGAAGAAGACGAGCGAUGCCAAGCUCAGCCUGAACCCCAUCUACAGACAGGUGCCGCGCGUGCUGGACAGCUGCUGCCAACACCUGCAGAAGUAUGGUCUGCAGACGGUGGGCAUUUUCCGGGUCGGGAGCUCCAAGAAAAGAGUUCGACAGCUGCGUGAAGCGUUCGAUCGGGGUGCCGAUGUUGUUCUGGACCAGCGGAACAGUGUUCAUGAUGUGGCGGCGCUGCUCAAAGAGUUUCUGAGAGACAUGCCUGAUCCUCUGCUGACCAGAGAACUGUACUCCGCGUUUAUCAGCUGUGCAUCUCUAAACAAGACGGAUCAGCACACGGUCACACAGUUACUCAUCUGUCUGCUUCCUGCCUGCAACAGUGACACCCUCCAGUGUUUACUUCACUUCCUGUCAGACGUAGCCAAUCACGCGGAGGAUUCGCACGAUGCUGAUGGAAACGAGGUGAUUGGUAAUAAGAUGACGUCUCUGAACCUGGCCACCAUAUUCGGGCCGAACCUACUGCACAAGCAGAAGAGCUCAGAGAAGGAGUUCAGCGUGGAGAGCUCGGCGCGGAUGGAGGACAGCGCCGCCAUCAUCAGCGUGGUGCAGCACAUGAUCGACACGCACCAGUCCCUGUUCACGAUCUCAGCGGAGCUGCAGAACGAACUUCUGCUGAGUUUGCUGGACACAGACAGUGAUGUGGUGCAUUAUCUGCUGAGGAGGAAAACACCACAGUGUGAGUAAGUGAACAACAAGACUGACAAGUCAUUACACCUGACACA